AUGGACUCAAAAACACGUGCCUAUCUACAGAUAGGAGACGAAACGCCAGAAGAGCUAUUCAAGAAGACAGCGGGGUUCUUCGACACGAUACAAAAGAAGCUGGACGAGAAGGGAGAGGAUGGCGUACGCAUCGUGACUGAGACUCUGACCCGGCAUCUUGGGAACGUCAUCUUCGGUAGUAAUUACAUCGAAAGAGCUGGGCUCAACUUGGACGAAACUAUCAAGAUUUGUGAAAGGGUCUUUCGAGGGGAGGUUCUUCACGUUUCUCAUAUUGUCCGCAGUCGACGGGAAGUGGUCCAGCAUGCUCUCGCGCUCCAACACAUUGUCACUGAGAUGGUGGCCAGAGAUAAACCUCUUUCGGAGGAUAUCAUUCUGACCACACACCGCAUCCUAACAGAGAAGAUUGAUACCCCGGGGGGGGCUUCCUGGCGAGAGUAUUCAGGCAAAUACAGAUCCAUCCCCGUUCAUGCCGGCUCCACCAAUUUCGUUGCGCCCAAGUUCAUCCACAAAAAAAUGCAGGAGUUAAUUCAUGACUACAACGAUGAUGUUCUCAAAGCCGAGACAACCCAGACUCUUGAUCCUUUCGCCAUGGCAGCAAAGUACUGCAACGAUUUUGUCAUGAUCCACCCUUUUCAGGAUGGGAACGGACGCAUGUGCCGUCUGAUUCUAAACGCCAUCUUGCUCAAGUACGCGGGGGUAGCCAUUUGCUUGGGCGAGCACGAUGAGAGCCGAGAAGAGUAUCUAAACAUUCAGCGAAGAAUUGGCGAGCGCAUGGAAGGCUCGGGUGAGCUGGCUGCCCUGGUUCUGAAGAAGGCAAUGGGGAGAUAUCGGACCUUGAAACAAAAGCUUACUGGCAAAGGCGAGCGCAAGGCAUAG